AGUCUCUGCGAAGCGGCGCCAGCCUCCCCGGGGAGCGGCCAGGGGAGGCGCCGGGUUCAUGUUCCGGGUCGCUGAACCUGCCUCGACCCGAGCUCAGGCGGCGAGAAAGAGCUGGCAUUUCAGUAGGACGAUGGAGGAGCUGGUUCACGAUCUAGUCUCAGCACUGGAAGAAAGUUCAGAGCAAGCACGAGGAGGUUUUGCUGAUACUGGAGAUCAUUCUCGAAGUGUGUCUUGUCUUCUCAAGCGUCAGGCAAGGAAAAGGAGGGGACGCAAAAGGCGUUCAUUUACCACCCAUCAUCCCUGGGAGACUGGCCACUGCUUAAGCGAAGGUUCUGAUUCCAGUUUAGAGGAAUCAAACAAAGACUACAGGGAGAAUCAUGCUAAUAAGAAAGACCACAGUGACUCUGAUGACCAGUUGUUGGUUGCUAAGCGCAGGCCUUCCUCAAACUUAAAUAACAUUAGAGGCAAAAGGCCUCUGUGGCAUGAACCAGAUUUAGCUGUCGACAGUUUAGGAAACAGAAUUUUGCGCAGAAGAAGAAAGGUAAAACGGAUGGCAAUAGAUCUGCCAUCAGAAGUCUCUAAUGCACUGACAAUAACUCAACAGCAGGAUAACAGCAGAGAUCAAGAAAUGGACAAUAACAAUAAAUCAUACCAACACCAAGAGUUCUCCAAGAGCAAAGUGAAAAAAAGAAAAGUAGCAGCAGCUCGACAAGGACCAGAAGUCUUGGAUGAAGGAGUAGUUAUAGAAAGUGAAGAAGUGACCCAAGCAAAUAAGGACAAAAUGGAGUAUGAGGAGCAAAAAGGCUCAGAUGAGAACAUGAGUGACAGUGAAUCCAGCAGUCUGAGCAGCAGUGAUGCUGGUUUGUUUACCAAUGAUGAGGGAAGACAAGGUGAUGAUGAGCAGAGUGAUUGGUUUCAUGAAAAUGAACCUGGUGGAGCAUGUGGAAUUACUGGAGUCAUUCCAUGGUGGGAACAAGAAGACGCUACAGAACUUGAAAGAGAAUUGCCUGAUCCAGUCUUCGAAAGUAUUUUAACUGGGACUUUUCCUCUCAUGUCCCAUUCAGGGAGGAGAGGUUUCCAGAGUAGAUUUAGUCAUCUUCAUGGAAUGCCAGCAAGAAACAUAAAAAAGGCUUCAGGAAACCAGAAUGCAUUGAUAACUCCAGGACCAGGCGGUAGCAGGAAAACAGUUCACAUGUCCCAGGAUUGUCUUCACCAUGACCACUGGUUUAGCCCUGGGGCUAGGAAGGAACAUAGCCAGCUUCAGCUCUUGCGAGACAACCGCUCAGAGAGAGGACACAAGAAAAACAGCUCUGUAAAAACAGCAAGCAGGCAAACCAGUGUACAUUUAGGAUCAUUGUGCAUGGGAGACAUCAAACGGAGAAGGAAAGCUGCUCCCCUGCCAGGACCUACAGGGUUUGUAGGUGAAAACACCCAACCAAUCCCAGAAAACAACAUUGGGAACAGAAUGCUUCAGAGCAUGGGCUGGACCCCUGGUACGGGCCUAGGACCGGACGGCAAAGGGAUCGCAGAACCAAUACGAGCUAUCCAGAGACCAAAAGGACUCGGACUUGGAUUUAGCUGACAGAAAUGCACUCUGGCUGCCUGAUAAAAAUAAGGCUAAAAAUUAAUUUUAAAAGAC